CCCACUCUCUGGUUUCCUCCCACUUGAAACCUGUUUUCCUGCCUCCAGGAGUCCGCGCAUUUUAAAAUACGCUACAACUCUCAAAUCUCCUCUUGAACGCUCUGCUUUUGUUGCCAUUAUUAUAUACUGCUCCUUUUUAUCGUCUUUCUCUGUUGCGAAACUUCAAAACAGGAGCAGCAGUCGUCAUGGAUAGUUCACAAUCCCUCCAGCGCAUGCAUUCUAACCAGGAUAAUCAACAACAGGCGUCCACAAACUACAAAGAAGCAUUCUCGCUCUUCGAUAAGCGAGGAAACGGUCGUGUUGCCCUCGAGUCACUGGGCGAUCUUCUCCGCGCUUGCGGUCAGAACCCCACCCUAGCUGAGAUCGGAGAUCUAGAGAAGAGCAUUGGCGGAGACUUUGAUUUCGAAGCCUUCUCCAAAGUCCUCAACCGGCCAGGCGGCUUCCGUGACCCUGGUGAACCAGAGGAGUACUGUCGCGGAUUCCAGGUAUUUGAUAAAGAUAUGACUGGGUUUAUUGGCGUGGGUCAGCUGCGUUAUAUUCUCACAAACCUGGGUGAGAAAAUGACCGAUGAUGAAGUUGACGAACUUCUCAAGGCUGUUGACACGAGCUCAGGAGAGAUCAACUACACAGAACUGGUCCGGACAAUUCUUGCCAACUAAAUAUUACCGCGAUUCCCGUCCCAAUACUUGUAACUCCUUUUAUUGCUCGAAAAAUUUGUCCUACCGCCUACGAUGAGAUGUUUUCGAUUCGCUUCUUGUCCCUGUGCUUGUUCUUUUUCGAAAUACCCUUCGUCUUCUCUCUUUGUCCCCGGACCACAGUCUCCCGCUCGAAUUACCACUUGUUUAUCUUUUUUUCCCCCGAGAUUGUGAGAGUGAUAUUUGGAGUGAAAAUAAAGCAAGGAUGGAGACAAAGACAUCGUGGGUUAGGUGGAUUGUUUUUGCACUGGACUAGGAGUGCUUUCCAUUAUGGCGAAAUGACUUUUUUAUGAAUAGGUGUCUAGAGGGCUAGUUAUAACACAUAGGAUACAUUAUCACGAUGCGCUAAUACAAUCGGUCGGAUGGCAGGGGCCUCGAUAGAUUCUUACAUCCAGUGCUUUUUGUUUCUGUUCUGUUCAUGUUUUUAUGGUUAUAACCCCUUUGUUUUCCCGUUAUCAUAAUGCUACAUAAUAGUUUCUUAUGGAUGAUCGUUUUCUAAUUCAACAUAGUGUCAGAUGCAC